AUGGCGAAACACUUGUUGUUGACUCUCCCUUUUCCUAAGCCGGAGCCCUUCCUGCAGCAGCUUCAGACAGUGUUUCCAGACUGGAAAAUCACGUAUUUGCAUCAUGCCGUGAAGCCGACUGAGGCGUUUUACAAGCAGGAUAUGCACAUCCCACCUGAAAUCCUGCGCGAAGUCACUGCAUUGAUGACUAUGGGCGUCGUCCCUGACCCCGCUGACGCUCCUAAUCUUCGCUACAUUCACUUCAACGUCGCCGGAACAGACCAUGUUGCUCAUAAGCCGGCCUUCAAGGACCCGAAUAUCACAAUCACCACUUCAACUGGUGGGCCUAGCAUUGCUGUCGCGGAAUGGGUUCUUGGGUCUGUUCUCGGACUGUCUCGCCGACUUUUCAAGUUUAGAGAGUUGCAGAAUGCGAAGAGUUGGGGCAGCCCGGUGUUGGCUACGCCUCCCUUUGCUCUGGAUGGGAAGAAGAUUGGCAUUGUUGGCUAUGGGUCUAUUGGACGACAAGUAGCUCAGUUGGCAAACGCGUUUGGUAUGGAGGUCAUCGUCUACAACUCUCGCCCACGCCUUACUUCGGAAGACCGCAAGGACCGAAACUGGUGUGAAGCUGGCGCUGGUGAUCCGGAUGGCACAAUACCAAGCGCUUAUUUCCAUGGACAGUCCAAGGAAGAGCUGCAUAGCUUUCUCUCUCAAGACUUGGACAUUUUGGUUCUCUCUCUUCCGCUAACGGCAUCCACGAAACGCUUGAUUGGCGAAGAAGAGCUUUCGCUCAUCAAUGCUAAAAGCCCAGCUAUUCUUGUUAAUGUCGCCCGUGGUCAGGUCGUCGACCAGGAUGCGCUAAUCGCGUCUCUGAAGAAGGGCGCUGCCAAUGGCGGUCUUCUCGCUGCGGCUCUUGAUGUCACUGAUCCUGAGCCUUUGCCUCAGGAUAGUGAGCUAUGGGGGCUGCCUAAUGUUUUCAUCUCGCCGCAUAUCAGCUCUGUUACGCAGCAGACGGUGGCACGGGCAUAUAAAAUCUGGUUGGAGAAUUUGGUUCGGAUACAGAAGGGUGAGGAGCCGUUCAACGUUGUUAAAAAGACGAAGGUGUAA